GGGAGGAGUCCCCUCCCGCAUCUGCAAACUCUGGACAGAGGCAGACUGGAGGAGGUAGAGCGAGAGGGGAGGAGGAAGAGGAAGCAGACGCCGAGGGUGGUGUGGCUCACUCCUGCCUAUCCAAGUUGCCCGCGAGCUGCGCCUAAAAGUUUGUAGUGUACGUUUCUGUAGCAGCCGUGAUUCCACCACCCUCCCGAAGAAGGGGGCUCUUUCGCCCGCCUCUGCCUCCUCUCUCCGUCUGUUCCCCCACCCCGAUUCCCCCCUGCCUUUCAGCCCGAGGUGUGCCCCGUUUUCUGCUUUGCUUCUGGGGUUCGCGUUGCAGACGACCAACGCUAUGCCCCGGAAGAGUAUCGUGGAGGUGAAGGUGCUGGACGUGCAGAAGAGGCGAAUCCCCAACAAGCAUUAUGUGUACAUUAUCAAGGUCACUUGGUCCAAUGGCUCAACAGAGGCAAUUUAUCGACGCUACAGCAAGUUCUUUGAUCUGCAGAUGCAAAUGUUGGACAAAUUUCCAAUGGAAGGAGGACAGAAGGACCCUAAACAAAGGAUAAUUCCCUUUUUGCCAGGCAAAAUUCUCUUCCGCCGAAGCCACAUCCGUGAUGUUGCUAUUAAACGUCUUAUACCCAUUGAUGAAUAUUGUAAGGCUCUGAUCCAGCUGCCACCAUACAUCUCUCAGUGUGAUGAGGUUCUUCGGUUUUUUGAGACAAGGCCAGAGGACCUAAAUCCUCCUAAAGAUGAACCAAUUGGAAAGAAGCGAUCUGGAUAUAUCCAGACAACGGCUUCUGUCCUUCCGAGAGAUACUGGAGAUUUGUCAUCUGUUGAUCCCAUGGUGCUGGAACAAUAUGUGGUGGUGGCUGAUUACCAGAAGCAAGAGAGCUCUGAAAUUAGUUUGUGUGCUGGCCAAGUUGUAGACAUAAUUGAGAAGAAUGAAUCUGGCUGGUGGUUUGUAAGUACAUUGGAAGAACAAGGAUGGGUUCCCGCAACAUGCCUAGAAGUCCAGGAUGGUGCCCAGGAUGAAUUUUCAAUGCAAACUGAAGAAGAGAAGUAUAUGGUGAUCUACCCAUAUGCUGCUCGGGAUCAAGAUGAAAUAAACCUGGACAAAGGAGCUACUGUGGAGGUGAUCCAGAAGAAUCUGGAGGGAUGGUGGAAAAUCAGAUAUCAGGGUCAGGAGGGCUGGGCCCCAGCAUCUUACCUGAAAAGAGGGAGCGGAGACCUACUUCCAUCAAAACUGGGAUCUGCAGCUUCAGCCCAUUCACACGCCUUAGAUAUGGAUGGGCUUUCUCGUCAGCAGAACUCGCCAGGUCGAGACAAGGAUGGACUGAGUAAUCAAAGAGAUGGAAGAUAUGAUGGCCGCCCAUUGCCCAAUGUGGACCUCCAACGAAAGUCACCAAAGAUGAGGCAAAGACCCCCUCCUCGUCGAGAUCUCACAAUACCACGGUGUGUCAAUCUGCCAAAGCCUCCAGUGCCCCCACAGGUGGAAGAAGAGUAUUACACCAUUGCUGAUUUCCAGACCAUCAUCCCUGAUGGGAUCAGCUUCCAGGCAGGACUGAAAGUAGAGGUAAUUGAGAAGAACCUAAGUGGUUGGUGGUAUAUUCAAAUUGAGGAGAAGGAAGGCUGGGCACCAGCUACUUUCAUUGACAAAUACAAGAAAACUAGCAAUGCGUCUAGACCUAAUUUCUUGGCCCCGUUACCAAAUGAGAUGGCACAGCUACGGCUUGGUGACAGCACAGCAGAGAACAGCUCUAAUGGAGAUCCUGCUGGGCCAUCUCGACCUCUGCCUGAAGCACCACCUAAUGGUAUUGAAUAUGGAAUCAAAUGGAAAGGAAAGGAGAUGUCCCAAGAUGCUUUGCCUGAGAACAGUGAUGCUUCUUUGUGUGUUGGAUAUGAAGAAAUAGGUGAUCGGGAUAUGGAAGAGAAACCAAGCCUCCCUCCAAGAAAGGAAUCCAUAAUUAAAUCAGAAGAAGAAUUAAUGGAAAGGCAAAGGUUGGAGCAGCGGCCACCUCCAAAACCUCCUGGCAUGAUUUUACCUGUAGUUCCCCCAAAACAGAUCGUGCCUCCAAGGGACAAGAAGCCAGAGCUCAAAACAGAGAAGGGGAAAUUGUUCCAGUUGAAAAAUGAAAUGGGUCUUGAGUGCGGACAUAAGAUUUCUCCAAAAGAAAUAAAGAAGCCUAACCUCCGGCCCACGGUCAAGCCAAUGAAACCAAAGAUGGAGCCCCCCGAGGAUAAGCCUGAAGCAGCUACCCCAAACUUUUUUCUGAAAUCAAAACCUCAGAUCAAACCGAAGCCAGCACCUGCUCCUAGGACAGAUCCUCCUCAGUCAGAGAACAAAUUAGACCUUUGCAACCUGAGGAGCAAACUCAAGCCUGCAAAGGCUCAAGAGAAGCUGUCAGAGCAGGAUCCUGUGAUUAAUGAGAGUGCCUUCAGUAACAGUGGACUUCCAGUAGAAUCUUCUGCCAAAUCUCAGGAAAAGCCCAACAUGGAGAUUAGGCCUCCCUCUAGACCUGACAGCCAAAUCUUUAAGGAAGCUCCUUUCCCCAAAGUUCCUGUGGGUUCAUCAAAGCCAGGUGAAAAUGAACCCAAGAGCAGCUUUCCAGUACCUAGGGAACCCCCGCAACGUCCAGUAGUACCUCCUAGAAGGCCUCCACCUCCUAAGAAAUCAAGUGUGCCAGCACCCUCAGCUUCAUUCGCUCCCCCUGCAGAACAUAAAGUCCCACAGAAGGAAGUGCCUGAAGUUCGAGCUAUCCCAGUGUCUGGUAGACCAAUAUUGGUUCCACCAAAAGCCAAAGCCUUCCUGCCGUGUCCUGGCCAAGAGGAAACCAAAACAAAAAGCAGCUCAGGCCAAAAGUCAUUGCCCAAGCCUGUGGAGAAGGAAAGAUUAUCCAUUCCAAUUACCAGCCUGGAUGUCUCCAAAGAAGCCCUCUACGUGGCUGUGGCAGAUUUUGAAGGAGAUGAAGAAACUAGCAGUUUUAAAGAAGGGACUGUUUUUGAAGUCCGCGAGAAGAAUACCAGUGGCUGGUGGUUUUGCAAAGUCCUCACAGCAGGGCCGUGUUGGGAAGGCUGGAUUCCUUCCAAUUAUCUCCGAAAAAAGCCAUAGUCCUGUUGUUCCUUUUGCAUUACAGCAGCUCAACCAGCCCCAUUUUAGUACUGCAGUAUUUAAUUAAGCUUAUUUAUAGUUCUUCAUAAGGCCAACUCUAUUAGAAACAACAAAAAGCAAAGUAUCUGGGAUACCAAACAUUCCAAUUUGGGUAUGUCUCCAAAAUGAAUUGCAAGAGGAAACAUGCUAUUGUGUACUAGCAUACCUAGGCUACUCUUCCUUCUGUAGGUAAUUCAUUUCUUGAACAAUUUUCACAGAAAAAAAGGAAAGUGAGAAGAAAGAGAGCCACUUUUUCAGCAUCAUUUAAUGUCUAAGAAGCUUCAUGGCAAGGAGAAUAUAUAAGUAAUACGAUUCCAUAAUAGGUACUUAGGUGCAAAGAGCUGUCCCAGUUGUUGUUGUUCAUUAUUUUAGUCUUCUGUCUCUGUAUUUCCCUCUGAUAUGAACAAUGCAUCUGCCAUAGCUCCCCUUUAUAUGACAGCCAGUGUUUUUAUGUCAGCACCAUGUUUGAAGAUUUGCUAAUGAAGUUCAAUGUACUCUCUGCAAUGCAGAUCUCUGUCUCACUUGGAUUUCUCAGUAUCUUAAUCUCGUUUCAGUAAAUGUCGAGGGCAUGGCGUACAGGUUAUCCAUGUCCAUACGGUUGGUGCUGCAUCUUUGAGACUUGCUCUGCCAAACUUUUAUCUACAUCUGCAAAUAAGUCUUCUGACCCUUCUAGAUUUUGGCCCAUUUUGUCUAAAUCUAGAAGAUAACAGAAUGGGAACCCUCCAGGUUCAAACUCAGCCUUUCUCAGAAAGUCUUUAACGUUAAAGUUGGACUAAAGGAAAUUUACAAAGAAUUUACCUCAGCCUGUGGUCUCUUCCUCAUAUAUUUUACUGUGAGAGCUUUUUCAGAAAGCUUGUUUUCCUACUUUUGUGUUUCUUCAGAAUGUGAACUAAAUUGGCAAUGUCUUUUGAAACAUGCAACCAG